GAAGCGCUGCCCCGUUGCUCGAUUUUCGGGUGCCGGGGUUCGUGCCGGGGGCCCGGCGGUGCGAUGGAGCGUUCAUUGGUCGUUGGCCUGCCGUGUCGUCGCUCGCUUGACGGAGCCGUUUCGCCGACGGAAGCGCGUUGCCUGCCGGGACGUAUCACGCCACCGCGGCCGGUCGCAAGCCGUCGUCACCGUCGUCGUGUGCGCGGCCUUCGAGGUCGGCUUGCGUCACGGCACACGUUGACGGGGGAUCACCGUCGCGCUCUGGGCUGUGUUGCGGCGCGCUCGGUUUGCGCGCACGUUCGAUGACGCAACGAUCCGAGCUGCUUCCGUCAGGUCGCGGCAUUCCAGCGCGUUGCCCCGCUCGGGGCUACGCGACGUCAUGUCGGGGUCUGGACGCGGUGUCUGGCCACCCGUCCGCGGCGUGGCUCGGUUGCCGUCAUCCCGCCUGCUUCGCACGGGAUGCGAGUGGGGCGACACUCCUGCUGCUGGGAGGCGCUCGCCGCCUCUCGGAUGUGGCCGCCGCUCUGCUCACUCGUGCCGCCGGCCUGAGGACCGCGAUGGCCACUUGGGAUCAAGGCUUCCUGGGUUCCAACUCGCAAAGUGCCGGUGCGAACAUUUGAUUAUAUUUGUGCUCGACCGUUCGUACAGCGGCCUACGUUACAAGUAGUUAACUCCUCUUUAUUUUUCUGUAACGACUUUUUUUUUUUUUUAUAUAUAUAUAUGAAGAAUUACGUUUCGCGAGCUUGAGUACCAACCACGACGCUCCAGUUGCUUUUUCGUCCCCAAUCGUGAAGGCUCUUCCGAGUUACUUGUGUUCUUGACUUUAUUUUACUUUUUUUUUUCUUGCACGAUUGAGGGUUGCAGCGAGCAACAGAUAAGAAGGACGUGCGCGCCAGACGAAGUAGAUUAUUGCGGUAAUCUGCGCCAGGGGCCGCGACUGAUAACGGCCGCCAGUGUGACAAGAGCGCUUAACUCGGUGGCUUGUCGCCGGAGGACUUUCCCCGCACAAAAUGCUCUUAUCAGCUGUCCCGAGCGGGGCUUGACGACGCAAGAGCACUAUUUGGUCGUGCGCCUCGCGAUAAAGCCGGUCACUGCUUGAGCGGAGUACCUGCCAGGGGCGUCAACGGGGUCAACCGGAGAGCAGCCGGCGUCGUGUCUCCCAUCAGCAGCAGAAAUGCCUCGAGUCCACAGGGCGUCGCAGACCAUCGCAGAUGGUGUGGCGUCGGUGGCCAUCGACGAUGGAGCCCAGUCCGGAGCACCUAAAAAGUACUACCGGGCACCACACCACAGGAUCUUUGUCAACCGAAGUCUGCACCUGGACAAGAUCAAGUUUUUCGGGUUUGACAUGGACUACACCUUGGCUCAGUACAAAUCUCCUGAUUACGAGGCGUUCCAAUUCCACCUGCUUGUGGAUCAGCUGCUCUCUAUCGGGUAUCCCACGGAGCUGAAGCAGUUCCAGUAUGAUUCGACCUUUCCCAUCCGGGGCCUUUGGUUCGACACCCAAUAUGGCAAUCUGCUCAAGGUGGACCCCUAUGGAAACAUUCUGGUUUGCUGUCAUGGCUUCCAAUUCCUCAAGACUGGGGAGAUCUACAAGCUGUACCCAAACAAGUUCAUCAAGCUGGACGAGUCACGGGUGUUUGUGCUCAACACAUUGUUCAACCUGCCAGAAACCUACCUGCUGGCUUGUUUGGUGGACUUCUUCUGCACUUCACAGCAGUACAGCCCCACGAAGACUGGAGUAAAUAUUGGCAGCCUGUUCAUGUCCUACAAAUCCAUCUUCCAGGAUGUUCGGGGUGCAGUUGAUGCCAUUCACACCUAUGGCCAACUAAAAACGGCAACAGUGAACAACCUAGACAAGUAUUUGGAAAAGGACGAGAGGCUACCUCUGCUCCUGGAUAGGAUGCGUUCUCACGACAAGAAAUUGUUCCUGCUCACCAAUAGUGACUAUGCAUACACGGCCAAAAUCAUGCAGUACCUGUUUGACUUCCCAAACACUAAGCACCGGAGCUGGGAGUCCUACUUCGACUACAUCGUGGUGGAUGCCCUGAAGCCUCUCUUCUUCGGCGAGGGCACCAUCCUAAGACAAGUGGACACGACUACUGGGGCACUGCGUAUUGGCAGUCACAUUGGACCUUUGCAGCUGGGCCAAGUCUACUCUGGAGGUAGCUGCGACGUGUUCACAGAAUUUGUUGGGGCUAAAGGCAAGGAUGUACUCUACAUCGGAGAUCACAUCUACGGGGACAUUCUUAAGUCCAAGAAGACGCGUGGCUGGCGCACGUUCCUCAUGAUUCCUGAGCUGGCACGGGAACUGCACGUCAGCAUCUCACAGUGGACUCUCUUUGAGAAGCUUCAGGAGCUGGACAUCAGUCUAGGCGACAUCUACAAGAACCUUGACAGCAGCUCAACUGACGUUCCAGACAUCAGCAAGCUUCGGCAGUCCAUCCGAGAAUCUUCACACGAGCUCGACAUGUGCUAUGGGAUCCUGGGCAGCAUGUUCCGCAGUGGUUCUCGUCAGACUUUCUUUGCCAACCAGAUCUGUCGCUACGCCGACAUCUACGGUUACACAUUCGUGAACCUCAUGUACUACCCGUUCAGCUACAUGUUCCGGGCACCACCAAUGCUGAUGCCGCACGAGUCGACCGUGGACCACGAGCAGGACCCGACGCACCAGAUGAAUGGCGAGAGCCUGCUGGACGGGGAAGGCAAGUGCAGCUCGGAGCAUGUGCGCAGAUUGUCCAAGACCGAACAGGUGCCCCUGCGCAUGCCCGAGACUCCCAGUUCGAUAACGCACCACCAUGACACCGAUGACGACGACGAGGAGGCGGAAAAGUUGGCCGAGCCACAUCCGUAGGCAACGACUCUGCCCACCAACCCCCACCGCCCUGCAGGCUUAUGCGCAGCGAACAAGUGGCCUUAGCUGGGCUACCACGGUCUUCCUCCGAUAGGAGGAGGCGGCAAAUUGUGGUUCGGCGUCGAAGAAUGCCCAUUUUGUGCGCGGUGGAGACCUCCGGCACCGCGCGAGUGCUCUUAGUUGGCCUGUGUAAAAAAAAAAUUUUCUUUUUUUCGGCGCCCCUGGCCACACAGGCAUGGCCGAGAGAGCAGCUUGUGGGGCUCAGUGUGCAAGUCUUUUUUGCGCUCGUUUUGGCUUCUUUUACACGCCAAAGCAAGCGCUUAACUUUCUUUUAUUCCUCCUCUGAAAAUGUAACUCUGUGCUGUUGUUCUACUUGUACUGGCCCUUGUUUAGGUAAUAAACUGAUAUUUUCAAGAAUUUUAAA